CAGCCUUUACCUAAUUCUGAAGAAAUUACAACUUAUUUUCCUAUUCGAGUGAAACAAACAAUCAAAGUAACGCUUAAUAACUUUGAAUUUACUGUUACAGUAGUUGUUGGCAAUAAAAACAAUAAUAUCUUUUUACCAG